AUGGUCAUGGCGGAUGGCCCGAGGCACUUGCAGCGCGGGCCGGUCCGGGUGGGGUUCUACGACAUCGAGGGCACGCUGGGCAAGGGCAACUUCGCCGUGGUGAAGCUGGGGCGGCACCGGAUCACCAAGACGGAGGUGGCAAUAAAAAUAAUAGAUAAAUCUCAGCUGGAUGCAGUGAACCUUGAGAAAAUCUACCGAGAAGUACAAAUUAUGAAAAUGCUAGACCACCCUCAUAUAAUCAAACUUUAUCAGGUAAUGGAGACCAAAAAUAUGUUGUACCUUGUAACAGAAUAUGCUAAAAAUGGAGAAAUUUUUGACUAUCUUGCUAAUCAUGGCCGGUUAAAUGAAUCUGAGGCCAGGCGCAAAUUCUGGCAAAUCCUGUCAGCUGUUGAUUAUUGUCAUAGUCGGAAGAUUGUGCAUCGUGACCUCAAGGCUGAAAAUCUUCUUCUGGAUAACAACAUGAAUAUCAAAAUAGCAGAUUUCGGUUUUGGAAAUUUCUUUAAAAGUGGUGAACUGCUGGCAACAUGGUGUGGCAGCCCCCCUUAUGCAGCCCCAGAAGUCUUUGAAGGGCAGCAGUAUGAAGGACCACAGCUGGACAUUUGGAGCAUGGGGGUUGUUCUUUAUGUUCUUGUCUGUGGGGCUCUGCCUUUUGAUGGACCUACUCUUCCAAUUUUGAGGCAGAGGGUUCUGGAAGGAAGAUUCCGGAUUCCAUAUUUCAUGUCAGAAGAUUGUGAGCACCUUAUUCGAAGGAUGUUGGUCCUUGACCCAUCCAAACGGCUAACCAUAUCUCAAAUCAAGGAGCAUAAAUGGAUGCUGGUAGAAGUUCCUAUACAGAGACCUGUUCUCUAUCCACAAGGGCAAGAAAAUGAGCCAUCCAUUGGCGAGUUUAAUGAACAGGUUCUGCGAUUGAUGCACAGCCUUGGAAUAGAUCAACAGAAAACCAUUGAGUCUUUGCAGAACAAGAGCUAUAACCACUUCGCUGCCAUUUAUUACUUGUUAGUAGAGCGCUUGAAAUCACACAGGAGCAGUUUUCCCGUGGAGCAGAGACUUGAUGCCCGCCAGCGUCGGCCUAGCACCAUUGCUGAACAAACAGUUGCCAAGGCACAAACUGUGGGACUCCCAGUGACCUUACAGUCACCGAAUAUGAGAUUGAUGCGGUCUGCCCUCCUCCCACAGGCAGCUAACGUGGAGGCCUUUUCAUUUCCAGCAUCUGGCUGUCAGGCAGAAGCAGCAUUUAUGGAAGAAGAAUGUGUUGAUACUCCAAAGGUAAAUGGCUGUCUGCUGGACCCCGUGCCUCCUGUCCUGGUGAGGAAAGGAUGCCAGUCAUUGCCUAGUAAUAUGAUGGAGACCUCCAUCGAUGAAGGAUUGGAGACAGAAGGAGAGGCUGAGGAAGACCCCAGCCAUGCCUUUGAAGCAUUUCAGUCAACCCGCAGUGGGCAAAGACGGCAUACUCUGUCAGAAGGAACCAGUCAGUUGGUCGUGAUGCCUGGUUCAGGGAAAAUUUUCUCCAUGAGUGACAACCCCUCCCUUGAUAGUGUGGACUCUGAGUAUGAUAUGGGGUCUGUUCAGAGAGACCUGAACUUUCUGGAGGACAACCCUUCCCUUAAGGACAUCAUGUUAGCCAAUCAGCCCUCAGCCCGCAUGGCAUCGCCUUUCAUUAGCCUGAGACCUGCCAACCCAGCCAUGCAGGCCCUCAGCUCCCAAAAACGCGAGGCCCACAACAGGUCACCAGUCAGCUUCCGAGAGGGCCGCAGGGCAUCAGAUACCUCCCUCACCCAAGGAAUUGUAGCAUUCAGACAACAUCUUCAGAAUCUGGCUAGAACCAAAGGAAUCCUAGAGCUGAACAAAGUGCAGCUGCUAUAUGAACAAAUAGGAUCAGAAGCAGACCCUAAUUUGGCACCACCUACUCCUCAGCUACAAGACCUUGCUGGCAGCUGCCCUCAGGAGGAAGUUUCUCAGCAGCAGGAAGGCGUCUCUCCUCUCCCUAAUAGCGUGCAUCCUCAGCUUUCCCGACGGCAAAGCCUGGAGACCCAGUACCUGCAGCACAGACUCCAGAAACCCAGCCUUCUGUCAAAGGCCCAGAACACCUGUCAGCUGUAUUGUAAAGAACCACCCCGGAGCCUUGAACAGCAGCUACAGGAACACAGGCUCCAACAGAAACGACUCUUCCUCCAGAAGCAGUCUCAGCUGCAGGCCUAUUUUAAUCAGAUGCAGAUAGCAGAGAGCUCCUACCCACAGCCAAGUCAGCAGCUGCCCCUUCCCCACCAGGAGAGUCCACCACCCUCACAGCAGUCAUCGCCAUUCAGCCUGACCCAGACCCUGAGCCCUGUCCUGGAGCCUUCUGAGCAGAUGCAGUACAACCCUUUCCUCAGGCAGUACCAGGAGAUGCAGCUGCAGCCCCUGUCCUCCACACCAGCCCAGUUGCAGCGGCCGCCGCCACCACCUCCACCACCUCCGCCGCCACCUCCGCAGUCAGGGGCCGCCCCAGCCCCCUUACAGUUCUCAUAUCAGACUUGUGAGCUGCCGAGCGCUGCUUCUCCCGAGCCAGACUACCCCCCUCCCUGUCAGUAUUCCAUGGACGGAGCCCAGCCGAGUGGCAUGGCAGUGCCAGACUGUCCCAGGAGCUCAGGACUGCAGGAGGCCCCCUCCAGCUACGACCCUUUGGCCCUCUCGGAGUUACCUGGACUCUUUGAUUGUGAAAUGCUAGAGGCUGUGGAUCCGCAACACAAUGGUUAUGUUCUGGUGAAUUGAUUUCAGCAUAGGAAGUGAGGUGGGUCAAGUGAAGGAAGUGUGUAUUUCUAUUUGUAUUCCAGCCUUUUAAACUUAAAGCUUAUUUUCUUGCCCUGUCCCUAAUGGGGAAAAAUCAAGUUGCCCAACUGGAAUCAAAGGGCCUGGCUGGGAUGGAUGUGGCUCUGUCCCACUACAAAGGCUCCUGGCCCUGUCCCACCACAAAGUUUUCUGUGGCAAGUGCUGGAACAUAGUUGUAAGCUGAAGAUCAUGCCCGUGGGUCAAGUGGAGAACGCUUUCAAGGGAGGCACCAAUAAAUGUUUAUAAGAAGAGGAUACUGAGACCUAGGUUUUGUGCCGAAUUACAGCAGUUCAUUAUUGAGGGAAACCUUGGCCAAAAGCAGGAAAAAUGUGUGCCGUUGCAUGUGUUUUCAUAUAUAUAUAUAUAUGUAAAGGAGAAAAAGGCAAUAUGUUUCACUGAAGCAGAACAGCAACAAGUAAGCGUAAAAGCAAAUCAAGAAUACAUAAUGAAAUUUGAUGCACAGGAAGUAAAGGAACGUUUAUACUUUGUCAUUGACUUAUAAGUUCUAAGCUGCUGAUGCAAGAUUUCCCCAAGGCUGUCGCAAAGCAGUGGAGCCUGAGCUUUGUUUUGGGAGCCACUGAAUGACAGCAGGUACUGACCCCUGAGACUAGCAGCCAUCUGCACAUGGGAGCAAGAGACACCUCUUGAGAAGGUGCCCCUGGGCUCAGGUGGCAGCUACUCGUGCUCCAAAGAUGGCACCUGUGGAACCAGUGGGGACCACACGGUGGAGACGGGGUGGGCAAGAAACUCCAGAAGCCACCAUGAGCACCAGCCCUGGGCCAGAGGAAGACAGGCUCUUCUGCCCAACGGUCUCUUGUAGAGACUUAUGGUUUGGAAGAAGCUAGUCUCCAGAGGACCCUAUUAUCUCUUUUAAAAUGUAAUAACUACUCUAACUUUACACUAAAUGUUGCUAGUAGUUUACUGAGCUUUGUAUAUUUGGACAGUUUCCUGUAGGGCUUAGAAAUUUUAAGGAUAAGAAAAAAGAACUUUUAUCUCCCAUAUGAAGUGGUAGUGCUGUGCCUUUUUUCCCCCAGAUCAUGCUUUAAUUAUUUCUUUUCUGUAGAAUCCAGCAGUUUUCCAUAUAUGUCAAUGCUAAAUCCAAAGUCACUUCAGAGUUUGUUUUCCACCAUGUGGGAAUCAGCAUUCUUAAUUUCCUUAAAGUUUUGACUUAUAAUAAAAUGUUAAAGUAUUACAGCAAUAGUCAAAGAUCCACAGAUGUGUUAACCAUUUAAGCAGAUCAUCUGCUAAACAUGGUAUAUUACUAGUACGACUUAACCUUUAACCCUUAUAAUUCCUGGAAGUAAGAUAAAAAUUGAUGCUACAGCUACUUAACAGUAUACCUAAAAUAAUGAGUAACCUAUCAUUAGGACAGUAACAUCCAAGUGUUACAGAUUCAGUAUUAUUUACAAAGGUUAUCAUUUCGGUCCUUUAGAAUGGCUCAUCCUCUCAGCAGAUUAAUGCGUUAAGCACAAAGCAUCUUCCAUAAAGCACAAAGAAGAGAGAUACUGCACUCAUGCUGCAUCUCGAAAACACCUUUAAGUUGCCUUUCCUCUUUGUAAUAAAUGUCUGAGCAGGUGAGGAGAUGCAUGGAAAUUCUAAGGCGUUUCAUUCUGGCUACCCCAGCCCAGCCCCUACUCACCAUGGUAACUCAAGCAGUCCUGUUGCUGCCAGAAACUGACUGGGGUGGGCCCUGGGUGUUUGUUAGCAAGAAAGGUUAGUGUGAAGAACUGUCAUUUUUGUGAUUUAACAACAUUCAGUGAAAAGCCAGGAAGAAUGAAUUAUGUUCCUUCUAUGGAUUAUUUAUUCCUCCUUGUGCUUGAAAUUAAUGAUUUCAUGAAAUAGAUAAAAUCAUUUAAGAGUAACAGAAUGUUAAUUAGAACUGUCCUUGACUUGGGGAUCCCAUUCGAAGAUACCACCAAAUUUAAACUGGGAGACAUUUGUUAACACAGUUAAAAGUACUUUAUAUUCUUAAUUUGCUAAAUUCUGACUCAUGCUUUUUGUUUUUUGUUUGUUUUGUUUUGGUAUAUUGAUCUCUAAUCUGUUUCAAGUCUUUGCAAAACAAGUCAGUUAUAAAACGGCUUGGUUUGUUUAUACCGAAGAAGGAUGUUUUCCCCAAAUAUUCUACAGAAGUGGUGUAAUAUUUAUGAAAUUUAAAUGCCUCCCAGUUUGAAAAUGGGAGUCGUUAAUUUCAGAAUUGCAGGAAUAGCACGAUUACAAAUUUGCAUUAACCCCUGCCCCCCUAACAAAGUCAUGAGCUGCUUAGCCCAGGAAGCCAAGGAGCUAUGUCAGGACAGCUAGGCCGACAGAUGAGGGAUAAGUGGUGAGGCAGUCAGAAGGUUAAAGGACCCAGUUGUAGAAAUGGGGAAGCCCCCAGCAGUGAACCAGGGCUGUUAGAAAACGACAGGCGUAGCUGCCUGGGCACUCACCUGGAGCAUAGCAGGACCCUUCUGCUGAAGCCCUUCACCAAAACCUAAGCUCCUGUGUGCUUAUCUCAUUUAUUUCAGGCAGAAAUCAAUAAAUUCCUUAACCCAUCUGUAUUUCCUGACAUGUCCCCUGGUGAGAGAAGACUGGUUCUGCUGGUUGGUUAGCUGCUUUCCCAGCGCUGUGCCAUCUCUGUCGCUCUGCCCCUAACCAGUGAUAUGUGUAAGCGUCCACGCAGUUCUCGCUCCAUAAAUGCUCAAGUAACACUAUGAAGCCUUGGUACCACUCUUCGUAUGAGAGGCGACUUGGAAAUAAUGACUCUUUCCAGUCUGUUUCACAUUAGCUGUGUGUACACUACUGUAUGAUAAUCAUUAGCUUUAUUAUCUUGUAAACCAGGCUCCUCUGAAGAGACUUUGGUGAGAUGAACAUGAGGUAAAAAUUUCAUUCGGCAAAAAGUGCAAUAUGUGUGGUACUUCUUUAUUUUUUUGUUUAUGUUCUUUUUUUAAUCCAGGGGUAUUAGUCUGCUUUGGGGAAAGUGCACUAGUUUGGCAAUUUCCAGUUGUGCAAGUGUGUCUCUAGUAUUUACAUGCAACUGAUAUGCUGGUCCCUGUAAGGCAAAUGUAUUAUGUUAACAUGUGGAAAGAGGGCAGGAUUCCGUUUGUAAAUUUCUCCCGACCUACACUGACCAUCUCCAGCAGCUCCCUCUCCACCUCUGCCCGUCCUAGGCCUGCACUGCCUUUUUCUACCCGGGGAACAGAGAAUGGGCCAGAAGGCUUUCUACACCAGCAACCCUCCAAUCUCCACUUCAUGGGGAACAGCCGGGGCCCCAUCAAGGAGGAAUAGGAGGUGGGACAAGAAGAUUCCUUUAGUUCUAAUAUGAUCAAAAACCCUUCAUUUCUUAGACUGUGCCACCCAGGAAAGGCAGUCAGUGGUCCUUUCUUCCCCUGAAAUAAAUAACUCCUCCUGAGCUUUUAAACUCGGUGAGGUGGGACUGGCAGGAGCCUGGGAUUGGGACCAAAGUCACAUCUCCCAUUCCCUGCACCCUUGUGACGCUGGCCCUGGAGUAAUUAGGUCCCGUGCCCCAGGGAGGGCGGACGACCCAGCGGGGAACUGGGCUCUCCCACUGCUGCACCCACUGGGUGUCAGUGGUUCCCAAACGCAGCUAAACUCUUGAGAAAAAAGUGUUCUCCAGUUGUUAAGAGUUGGGAAGAAGGGUAUAUCCUCAGCUAGAGGAAUUAGGUGAUGGACUAGAAGCUGAAGAAAGGCGGAAAGAGCAGCUUCCAGGGAGAGAUUUUUGGUAAUUGGCCCCAGAAGUGUGGUCACUGGUGCACCGCUGGUUAGGAGCAGGCAGCUCGGAGCAUGUGGACACAGUGACGUGAAUGAGGCUUCCUUUGUGGGGUCCUCCAAUCUCUAGUCAAACCCCAGGUACUUAAAUAUUGGAGUCUAUGUUGGGGUCAGAGUUUUUCUGCUCUGGAUUACAUUUAAAAGCCUUUAUCAACAGGUAUACUUAUGCUCCAUAAUGGCUUAAAGAAAAUCCAUACUCUAGGUAACUUUUUCACAUUCCUCCUCCUCUACCAUACUUCUUGUCACUUGACAGUAUUGGGCCCAGUGAAUUUCAGAAUCCCCGGGCCGGGUCUGACCUCCGCUGCACUCUGUCCCCCUCCACCGGCCGCCAUCACUGCCUCCUCGGUAGCCACCUGAGCCGCUCGGUCUCUUUCUGCCUGGACAUCAAAGGCAAAAACUGGAGAGCAAACAUUAAGUUGGAGUAAUUGUAUAGGCAGGAAUCUUUGAUCAUUUUGUUGUUUGGGAAAUUUUUACAGAACCUAUCUUAGUCGAUGGUGGAAGACAAGAGCAGUAUCAUCUGCCUGUUUCUAAACUGGAGAAAAGACAUUUUAAAAAAUGUAUACAUCGCCUCUGACAGGUUCAGUACAUAAAACAUGGUCCUCUCCAGGCUGUGGCCCCAGGGAGGGGAUGGUGAUUAUAGAGCCCUUUUUGUCCCCCAAAGUGGGCUCCCCAGCUCAGCCCCUGAAGGCAGAGAGAUGAGCUAUUUAAGUGACCUUUCAAAGGCCCCUUUGGGCCCUGGAGUCUCUGAGCUCAUGGUACCCUAUCCCGUAUUUGUUUUACUUUUUCCCAAUUAAGGUAGCCUGGUUGAUUUGAGAAGACUCACCACUGCCCUAGUUGCACAGCCACCUUAUAUCCACAUUUUAUCUGGGCAGAUUUCAACACACUUGGCAGAUUUGGGGCACAUCCUAUUACAUACAUUGAGAAAUCGGCAGAGGAGUUCAGUACUGCCCACCGUUAACCAAUGAUAGUUUUGAUGGUUCCUACCCAAAUACUCCAUUUGCCUGUCCUAAGGGAGCAACUGCUUACAUUUCUACCAAGCACCUGCACAAGUAAUCUCCCGUUACCCUCACAACAAUGCUAUGAAUUUAGCUGGGCAGAUACUGUCCUUGAUUUUUACAGCUGAGGAAACCAAAGCUCUCAGAAGUUUCCAUGAGCCGUCAAAGGUCACAGAGCUCGUGGGUGGAGAGGCUGGGACAAGGCUGGGUUUGCUGGUUUUCUGUGCUGCUUCUCCUCCUCCCCAGUAAUGGCAAACAGCUGUAUCAACACAGCCCUCCUGGUUAAGCACUGGGUGGAUGUGAUACUGUCCCCCCAACCUUAUUCUCGACUUCACAGUGUCCUGGCUUGGGGGAGCAGUGCUCUCCAGGUGACAACUGCUGGUGUCCAGGGCGACCAAGAGCAGCCCUCCUUCACCUCAGAAAUGUCUCGUUUUCCAAGUUACCCAGUAAAGCAAGUUCCUGUAGAAGAACACAACCCUCCUUCAUCACCAAGGGGCCAGACCACCUGGACUCGGCCCACACUGCAGGCCAACAGACUCAAACCCAAGAAGGGGCUGCUCAGAGAAGAAUCACAAAAUGGGCCUGGGUUCUGACAGGUGGAGAAACAUUUUUUUACAGUUGUUAAGUCCCAUCAAGAAGAAAUGCUGAUUAGCUACUUUAGGGUUGAGAAAAAUAACAUGCUUUGAGUAUUUUCUCUUUUCAGAGGCCAAAGGGUGGUGGGGGUGGGGGGGGUUAAAAUAGAAGUACAAAACAACAUCCUGGAAACUAUUGACCCCAGACUGGAGUAUAGUGUUAAAUUAGCAAAUACAGAUAACCGGGACUUGCCACUGGCUGUGUGAUGCCUAUCUGUACAAGAAUUGCUCAAUCCAGAAAUCCAAGUGGUGUUGCCUUCCCCCUACUGAUCAUAAAGGAAAUCUGCCUUCACUAUAGUCUUUGAAGGGAAAGAAGCCAAGAGGAAAAAGUUUUCUUUGGGGAUGACAAUGUAAGAAGCAAAAAUUGAUAGAGAAAUAUUUGCACUUUGUAGAAAGAGCCAAAAUAUUUGCUGUUUCUGCAAGGGAGGAAGGGUGGUCUUUGCUAGAUGUUUGAUCUGUGAAAGAGUUACUUUUGAUAAGUUAAUCUAAUUGUAGUCAUUUUUUUCUGUGUGCUUUUUUUAAAUUACUAA